CUAAAGAGUGGUUUAAUAUUGAUAACAUGACACUAACUACACGGGCAUACUUGCUGGACAAGCUUCUUCCCAUCUUGAUUCCUGGAGUAGAACAAAUGUUAAUGCAGGUAGAAAAGAAGAAGCUAUUGAGCCAAGCUGAUAUCCCAACCAAGUUUGAUCCAAUUAAUUAUUUGGGGGAAUAUUUAAUGAGAAACAAUACUCUUUAUGUCAAAGACCCAGGAAUGUCUGGCUACCAGAGGGUGAUGAAAGAUGUCACAGAAGAACUGAAGGUAUAUGUUCCUGAUACGAUCAGCAACAGAGUAUUCAAAAUGAAGGAGAAAGUGAAACAAAAGAGAGAACAAAGAGAAUAUAUAAGCACAGUCAAAGUCAAGGUGGCCACCAUGAGAAAGCAGGCUCUGGAGGAACAGUUCAGUGAAUGGAUUCUCAACCCCAGAGGAAUGAUUCCUAUAGUUGUGUACAUCUCUGCACACAUUGUAGACUUGAAAAGUGAAGUUUUUGAGGAACUACUUAAACACCUUUGCCACUGUGCAGAAGAAUUCCGGGAGAUCAUAAAAGCUGACAUGCAGAGACAGAUGUUUGCUGAGCUCUUCCUGCUUUGUGACACUGGUAAGGUGAAGGUCUUGGAUCGGCAGAGGACACUGGCCUUGCUGGAAACAUUCUAUGAUCAAAGUUCACAUACCACUAGGAGUUUACUCCGAAACCCAAGACAAUGGCCACUUAUUGAAUUUGAGGAGAUAGAGUUGUCCGAGUUCUGGGGAGAUAUGGAUGUUAAGAAGCACAUUUAUGAAGAUUUUGAUAAACUGCUCUUAAAAAUGAAUGUGUUAGUUGCUGAAAAGCUUGUUAGCAAAGCCCAAGAAAAAGAAGAUAAAAAUCUCCCACAACAGCAGACAGAGACAAGUGCAGACCAAGAAGCAUCCCCAGAGUCAGCCAGAGAGUCAGGAACACAUCUGGCUUCACAGGGAGCCAGCAGAGAACAUAGACCCCACAAAGGAUCACUUUCAGGAGUAGGACAGGGCAAAGGGCGCAAAUCAUUCGGACAAGGGUCCCGCAGAAGUAUCACAGCCGAAGCAAAAUCACACAGAGGGUCGGCUGCAGAGCAAGGGUCCCGCAGAAGUUCCGCAGCAGAACGAACACAGCAGAGAGGGUCAGCACAGCAUGGGUCGCAUAGAAGUUCUGCAGUAGAACAAACACAGCAGAGAGGGUCAGUUUCAGAGCAAGGGUCCCGCAGAAGUUCUGCAACAGAACCAAGAUCAGAGAGAGGGUCAGCUGCAGAGCAAGGGUCCCGAAGAAGCACAGCAGCAGAACAAGAGCCGCAGACAGGGCAAGACCCAAACAGAGAAUCCGUGUCAGAACAAGAACCACACAGAGAGGCAGUAGCAGAGAAAGAAGGAUCACAGAAAGGGUCAAUUUCAGAACCUGAGCAACACAGAGCAUCAAUAGUAGAACAGGAAGAAAGAUUGUCUAUAGAUAAGGAGUCUCAUAGGGGUUCAGAAGACGAGUCGCGCAGAGGAUCAGCGAUGGAUCAAGGUCAGCGCAAAGGGUCGGGGGGCCACAAAAUGUCGUUUUCAGAAUAUGAACUACAAAAAGAGUCCAUUCCAGAAGAGCCACAGUAUGAGUUAGAAAAGGAAUCACCGAUAGACACCAUCCCAGAAGAACCGGACUCAGACUCAAUCUCACAGUUACAAGAACACAGCCUCUUAAAAGAAAGUGAAGCCUCGGAAUUCGAUAAAAUGGAAUCUCUACAAGAAGAGCAUUUGCCUAUCAUAACUGAAGAGCAAGCUGAUACAGAUACCCAACAGCUUGAGUCAGUUCCCACAUACAGCAAAAAGGAUCAUCCAUCAGGGAGCAGCAGAAAAGAUCACCUUCCAGGAACUUCAAAAAAGGAUUCUCAGGGAGACAAAGCCUGUGACCCAAAGCCCCAGUACAUAGAAGGAAAACCAUGGUCAGGUGAAUUUUUCAUCAGUGACUGGAAGAUGAAUCAUGUCAAAUCUGAGGAUGAGGAGCAGGCAAAAUUAAUCUAUGGUGACUCCAGAUUCACAGACCUACAUGCAAUUAUUAGGAAUAUUCAGACUUACAAGGAAAUAAAAGGGAGGAGUGCCUUCAAUGGAACGUCCCUCAAUUCACUGCAGUUUAUACAACUCCUAGAGACAUUUGUUGGUGAAGAUACCCCCUUAAGUGUCAGCCAGAGACUCACCUCCUUUUUUCAGAAGAACUAUUUUGAAACAAAACAAGAGAAAAUAAACGCCUUAGAGCAGGCUCGACAAAAUUCUUUCCGAAUCAGGCGGGCACUUCUUCUAGAAGCCCUUUUUCAGAAGUGGGACAAUGAUGGCUCAGGCUUUCUGAAUCUGGAUGAUGUUGACGAUCUCUUGUAUAAAUAUAAAGAGGGAAUGGAAAGAGAGUCUAUGAAGAAAGCUAAACUGCACAUUCAAUUUCCAAAGCCGAAUCCUGGUCUUGAAGUAAAAUUGUCUUUAAAGCAGUUUCAGAAGUACAUAGAAUUGGUUGUGUCUGAACUCAGGGGCAAUGAAGACCAAGUUCUGGAGAGUGUUGUGGAAUUCCUGAUGAGCUCUUUAGAGAGGAGCCACACUGAGGGUCUAAGGAAUUGUGCAAGACGGAAAUGGCUACAUCAGAUCCAACAUGCUGCAGAGACAAGUGGGGUGUCGCUGGAGCCAGUGUAUACUGAGACCUUUAGGGCCCUCACUCAGGAUGCUGAGGCUCAUGGAAAUAAGAAGAUCAGUGCUCACAUUUCCCUCUUAGAAGAAAACCUAGUCCUGCCAAGCAGGGGUGAUGUUCUCUUGAGGAAUGUGGCUUGUACCCUAGAUGAUGCUCCAUUUGUCCUGAACAAAGUACUCUACAGGGACAUGAAAGGAAUCAGCUUUACAGUAGUGGAUGAAGGCAAACCAAUCCAUGUCCCACAAGUUCAGCACCAUGGGAACAUCUUCUUCUGGAACAAUACCCGAAGCAAGAGUGAGCACAAUGGGUCUUUACUGGCUCUGCCUCUUCAAGAUGCAUAUAUGAGGAUCUUUGGGGUCCUGGCGGUUGACACUCUUCGAGAUCCCCAUGAAAUAAACAUCUUCCUACCUCAUGAGAUCAGAUUCUAUCAGGGUGUUGCCAGUGCCUUCAGCGCUGCCUACCACUAUGUUCACAGCAGGGAACACAUCCUGCAUACUGUGAUCACUGGCAUCAGGUGGCUCUUCAAUAUUACAUCUAGCAUCACCUCCAUCACCACGAGCUUUAUUGAACCUAGCUCAGAGCAGGAAGAGUAUGUUUUACGCAAAAUGAUGGUUACAGAAUAUCUUGGUCUAACAGAAAUCUAUACAGAACCCCCAACCAUUUCAAGAAAGUCAUGCAUCUUCAGAGAUUUCCUCUUUAAGUGCACUGACACUUCAGAAGUUAUUUUGAGUUCUACCAGUGGAGAAACCCACAUUGCAAUUCCACUUCGAGAAAGAACAAAAGAGGCUAUCGGAGUCCUUGAUGUUAACAUUGGCCAGAGUAGGAUGCUGGUGUAUCAAGAAUAUAAAGAUCUACAGAAAAUGGUCAAGAUGAUCCAAAAUGCCUCCGAUGAAAUACUGGGCGAAUGCUCUGGAGAGAUCAAGAAAAACGAGGUCAUAGAGAUGGAAACGACAGGUGAAGUCACUCGGGCAGGAAUUCUCUUCUUCCGGGUCAUGCUGCAGGAGCUUCGGGAAUGCCUCCAGAGCCUCAGUUCCAUGGACUUUGUAUCGCUGCUGCUCUACGAGCACAGACCUCGAACAGACCCGGCAUUUUUUCAAGGCAUGGAUUCCCAGGAGAUAGACAACAACGUGGCCCUCGUGCAUGACAUACUAAAAGCAGUGAUCUUGUUCUCUCAGCAGGAGAUAGAAUAUUGCAAUGACUUGGAGGAGUGGGAAAAGUGGAAGUUUUACAUUAACAAAUACUUAGUUGAGGAUCUUUGUGUGUUUGAUCCAACUGCUAGCAAUGUGAAAAUUAAUGUGCAGCUUGUAAUGGACUACAUUCAAGAUCAUUCUCGAAUGGAAGUAUGGAAAUUCAGCAACCUUGUCAUUGAACUUCUGUACCACUGGUUACACAUUUGUUUAACUCUCAUGAACCUAAACAACCAACAAAAGAGUUGUAUUUUACCUCCAUUGCCCAAGAAGAGUGAUAACUCUGUUUAUGCAAAAUACACAGAGAAACCAUUGCCAAAGAAAAGCUAAGGGCUGAUGCUAUAUUUAG